UAUAUGGUGUAUGUACGGAAGUUAGGUCAAUUUGUUAGAUGGUGAAUUAUAAUUUUAUUUUGCAUCAUACAAUGCAAAUUCCCUUUUAUUUAUCAACCCACUAGCGCCAUAUCAGAAUUUGAUCCAACGCCACACCUUUAUCGAUUGAACUUGGCGCUCGGGAACUUUCUCGUCGCGACAUUCUCUUAACUGGCUCAAGUUUGAUCUCCUGUAAAUCGUCACUGUUUCAGUAGCCAUGGCAAAGCAUCACCCUGAUCUGAUCAUGUGCCGGAAACAACCCGGCAUUGCCAUCGGACGACUGUGUGAGAAAUGCGACGGGAAAUGCGUGGUUUGUGAUUCUUACGUGCGUCCCUGCACUCUGGUGCGUAUUUGCGACGAAUGCAACUACGGGUCGUUCCAAGGCCGGUGUACUAUAUGCGGAGGGGUUGGGAUCUCGGAUGCUUACUACUGCAAAGAGUGUACGCAGCAGGAGAAAGACAGAGAUGGUUGUCCCAAGAUUGUCAACCUUGGGAGUGCUAAGACGGAUCUCUUCUAUGAACGUAAGAAGUAUGGAUUCAAGAAACGAUGAAGAUGUAUUGGUUCUCACGAUUAUGCUUUCUUAUUCUUGAUAAUCUAGACUUGAGUUGUCUUUAUUGGACUUAUCUUAGUGUCUAAAUAGCCUCUUGCAUUGUGCCU